AUGGUGUGGUCUACGGCGACGACGGCCUUUUUGGCUGGCACUCCUCUGGCGGCCCUGCUUCUGGGCCUCGCUUCUGGCGCGCCGCUUAACUGUCCCAUCCAUGGCCCGGCCUAUCCCAAGCCACGCCGCUUGGCGGAGUGGCCGACCAUGCAAGCCGCCUUCCAGACACUAAACGACAAAUUUUCGGAGCAGGCUGCGGGCUCCGGGGGCACCGACACGUCCUUCUCGGUCGAGCUAUGGGCCGCCGAUGAUCCUAGCGACAAGGCAUCCUUCUCCUUUCACCACACUGCCCGGAACAUGGCCAAUAUUAACUCCACGGGGGUCAAGAAAGUGGACGGAGACACGGUGUACAGGAUCGGUAGCCUGACCAAGAUAUACACCAUAUUCACAUGGCUUGUGGAGGCCGGCGACCGGCACUGGCGUCAGCCUAUCAUCGAGCUGGUACCGGAGCUCGCCGAGAUCGCGGCUUCCAACGGUGAUCGGGUGGAGACGGACCCGGUCAUGACGGUGAAUUGGAAAGAGAUCACUGUGGGCGACCUGGCGGGGCAGCUUGCUGGUCUUGUUCGCGACUAUGCACUGGUGGGUGAGGUCACGCAGCAGUUCAACAAUGGAACGAGAGAGGCACUGGGAUUCCCGCCCCUUCCGCCGGGGGAUAUACCGCCUUGCGGGGCGUACAUCCUAUGCAGUCGAAAGCAGUUCUUUGCGGGUAUGCGAAAGCUUCCCCCGCAGUAUGGACCGUCGGCCGCGACUGUGUACUCGGAUUCAGCAUUCCAGAUAUUGGCGUACGCGCUCGAGGGAAUCACGGGGAAGCCGUACAAAGACAUGCUGAAGAGCUCUGUGCUACAGCCUCUGGGUCUGAAUCGAACCUACCUCUUCAAGCCGGACGACGCCGUCGGAAUUAUACCAGCCAACGCAAGCAAUGCUGGAUCAACCAACUGGGCGUAUAGCAUUGGGGAGUCGGCGCCAACGGGGAACAUGUACUCGUCACCAUCGGACCUCUCGCGCACAGGGCGAGCGAUCCUAUCGUCGAAGCUCAUGUCGCGAGCAACGACAUCGCGGUGGCUGAAGCCGGCAUCCAUGACCUCGGAGCUGGUCGCGGCGGUAGGGUACCCGUGGGGGGUGCGGCGGAUCGACAUGUCGCGGUCUCCAAACUACAAGCGGGUGACGGACGCCUUCAACAAGGCCGGGCGGAUCGGGUCGUACGCGGCGCUGCUGGCCAUGCUGCCCGACUUCGAUGCGGGCUUCAGCGUAAUGCUGGCGGGCAACUCGCUAGUCGGCAACCCGACCUUCAACUGGGCCGACACCAUGGGCGGGGUGCUGAUCCCGGCGCUGGAGCGGACGGCGCGCGAACAGGCGCAGGCGACGUAUGGCGGGCGGUACGCGGCGGUGGGAGGCGGCAUCAACUCGAGCCUCGAGAUCCGCACGUCGUUGGACCGGCUCGGGCUGGGCGUCUAUGGCUGGGUCAGCAACGGGACCAACAUGCAGACGGCGGCGCUGUUUGUGCAGAACGGGGCGGCGCCGUCGAACCCGAGCAUCCGGCUGUACCCCUCCGGGCUUGAGUCGCCGCGGCCGGGCGGGGGCAGGAAGGUGGCGUUCAAGGCCGUGUUCGAGGACCUGAGCGGGCAGGCGACCAACCUCAUGUUCACGACCGACUGCGGCACCUGGGUGUCGGCCACAAGCGUUGUGGUGGGCGAUAUACCAUUGGACCAGUUUGCCUUCAACCUCGACGCCGACGGCAAGGUUGAGAGCGUCGAGCCGAUGGCGUUGCGGAUAGAGCUGGCCAAGGAGGCAUGA